AUGAGGAGUGCAGAACAGGUAAAGAAGACUAAGUACUCGUUUCAGUACAGUCACCAGUCGAGGAACAACUUCAUCCAGUUCAGGACUCAGAAGGUAAUUAGUGGAUCUGCCUACAGCGUUGUCGAGGUUUCAAUAGCUGGACAACAGGUUCACGAAGUCCACUUCAACUAUCCUGAUGCAGGAUAUAAUUUAAAGGAUAUGAAAAAUCUACGCACGUAUAGACCUGCAACAAGAGAAGAAACCCAAUGCUACCCUACCCCUGUUGCUCAUGAAGCACCUUCCGAGGUAGUAUCGCCAUCCUGUGUGGCAAGCGAUACUGGUUAUAACACUGAAGAAUCUGUGAGAGAGGAAAACACACGCAGUGUAGCAACACCGCCAAUGAGGAGUGAGUCAUUGACAGUGUCAGCUUCAAGUGAUGAAAGUGGAAUGGGUAGCGGCACAUCUGAGGUAUCUGAGGGAUCUGAGGGAUCAUCUAGUUCCUCCAGAUCAAGACUUUCAAGAAGUGUGUCCAUGCCUGCUUCGGCGUCUCACAAUCGUCCCACCAGCAGCAACUCUCUGGGAAGCACGUGGCCAGGAGGGGCAGUUACAUGUCCAUCUCCAUCUCCUUCAGAACAUCCAGUUUUGACGCAAGAGAGUCUCCUGGUGUUAGGGAGGCACGUCACUUUACGAGAUUGCCAGGAUGCCCUCAUUUCUCUCGGCAUGAACUUUGAUACAAUCUGUAAGAUCAAACAGGAAGCAAAAGACCAAGACGCCAAUGACGUGUUUCUUCUUCUGUUGAGAUGGUACCAGAACAUGAGUACAACGAUGGACACUGUUCUUCUUAUCAAAAAACUGGAGCGUGCCUUCGACAAUGUUGGUCGUUCAGACCUAUCUAAAAUACUUGCAAAGGCUAGGAGGAAGGGCAGAGGACUUACAAACAAAGACUUUGCAUGAUACCACUUAAAACCUUCCUACAUGACAUUACUGUGUUACACAAUA